UUCUGCCUUUCCCUGGCUCACUGCGCUGGCAUGGAGCAGCCCACCUCUGCUCCAGUGCUGACCCAGUCAUUCUCCUCUCCCUGUGUCCCCCGGGAAGCCACCAGGAGCUGUCCCCAAGCUGGGUGUCCCGGGGUGCUGGCCCUGCUCCCAGCUCCGACUGGCAGUGCCCUGGGGCUGGGAGGGCAGGGAAGACUCAGGGCUGUUUAACCAUUAAACCUGGGGCGUCUUGCAAGAGGCGGGGACACCUCCCUGCCACUUCACCCUGUACCUUGCUCCCUCUGGCAAUCCCUGCAGCCAUGAAGCAAACAAAAGGGCUCGAGGGAGACAAGAUGUCCAUCAUAAAAUUUGAGUUUAACCCCAAAGUUGGGAUUGACAACCCUGCCUUGACACUGACUGAGGACACGGAUGGUGAGGGCGUGGGGGAGCCCCGCUUCUACCUCCUGACCAAGGACAGCACAGAGACCUUCGGCUUCUGCCUGCACGAGGAGCUGGGCUGCCAGGGCCACGUCAUCCGGCAGAUUGAGCUGGGGGGGGUGGCCCAGCGCAGGGGGCUGCAGGACGGGGACCGGCUGCUCCAGGUCAAUGGCCACUUCGUGGACCACAUGGACCACCUCAGGGUGGUGCAGAAGAUCAAGGCCAGCGGGAACCAGGUCCUGCUGGCGGUCCUGGACGGUGACUCCUAUGAAGCAGCCAAAUCCCUGGGCAGGGACCUGUCCCAGCUGCUGCCGGAUGACAUCCGCCCGCGCCUCUGCCACGUCACGAGGGACAAAAGCGGCUUUGGCUUCAGUGUGUCGUGUCCAGAAGGCACCAAGGGCACUUUCCAGCUGUCGGUGCUGCAGGACGGGCCAGCGGACAGGGCAGGGGUGCCACCAGGCUGCUGGCUGCUGGAGCUGAACGGGGACAGCGUGAAGAGCUACUCCCACACACAGCUCACCAAAAAGCUUAAGCAGAGUGGCAACAAGGUGACACUGCUGGUGGCAUCCAGCGCCGUGGAGGAGUUUUAUCGCCUGCGGGGGCUGCGGGUCACGGCUGCCUUGGCAGACACCUCCAGGCUCCCCUUCAAGGUCCGGGAGCUGCACCUGGUGAAGGGUCCUGCUGGCUAUGGCUUUCUGCUCAAGGAGGAUGACUGCAGCUCGGGGGGAGUAGGCCAGUUCCUGUGGGAUGUGGAUGUGGGGCUGCCGGCCGAGCAGGCAGGGAUGAGGGAAGGGGACCGUGUGCUGGCAGUGAACGGGGAGAGCAUCGAGGGGCUGGACCACGAGCAGACCGUGCGCAGGAUCCGCGCCCGGGAGGACCAGGUGACGCUGCUGGUCAUCGACCCCGCUGGUGAUGAGUUCUACCGCUCGAUCGGGCUGUCCCCCCUGCAGUUCUUUGAGGACAGUGACCCC